CCACCGGAAGUCGUGGGUGCAGUGUGGGAAGCUUUUCAUUGUUUACAGUCCAGUCACCAGCAGGAGGAGAAUAUAACUUAAAUGAAAAGGGCUAGAUGUGAAGGUUAUAGAGCUCUAGAAUACUUAGAAGCAGUGUGAAGAAAGCUUUGUGCAAUCCUCGGCAGGAAUUGGACUUAGCAAGACCUCAGCAGUUCGCUAUUGCUAAGAGGGCGCUCGGUAUCCGAGCUGUGAGCUGGAAAGGACGCCUCUAUGGUCGAGUAAAUAUAGAGUGGUUCCUCGCGUCCCCACGUGAUGACUGCGCCUGCGCAGUAGCCCCAGCGUCGCGACAAUGGCGGAGGGAGAGCAAAGAAAAAAGAUCCCUUUGGUUCCAGAAAAUCUCCUGAAAAAAAGGAAGGCUUACCAGGCCCUCAAAGCCACCCAGGCAAAGCAGGCACUUUUGGCAAGGAAAGAGCAGAGGAAAGGAAAAGAUAUCAAGUUUAAGCGACUGGAAUGGUUCCUACACGAUGCCUGGCGGCAACAGCGUGAUAAGGUGCGCCUCAGACGACUGGAAGUGAAACCUCAUGGUUUGGAAGUGCCAGAUGAACAUUCCUUGGCCUUUGUUGUACGCAUCCAAAGGAUUAAUGGAGUGAGUAUAAUGGUACAGAGGACUAUUGCAAGGCUUCGCCUGAAGAAGAUUUUCAGUGGUGUCUUUUUCAAAGUGACCCCCCAAACCAUAAAAACGCUGCGUAUAGUGGAACCUUAUGUGACCUGGGGAUUUCCAAAUCUGAAGUCUGUCCGGGAACUCAUCUUGAAACGUGGACAAGCCAAGAUCAAAAAUAAAGUCAUCCCUUUGACAGACAACACAGUGAUUGAGGAGCACCUGGGGAAGUUUGGUGUCAUUUGCUUGGAAGACCUCAUUCAUGAAAUUGCCUUCCCGGGGAAGAACUUCCAGGUGAUCUCAGGGUUCUUAUGCCCUUUCCAGCUCUCAGUGGCCCGUCAUGCGACCAAGAAUAGAGUAGGCUUCCUCAAGGAGAUGGGCUCACCUGGUUAUCGAGGUGAACGCAUCAAUCAGCUCAUCCGACAACUGAACUAAACCCAGAAUAUCUGAAAGCACAAUGCCUUGGAAACCUGUGCUUUUGUUUUUUGGAAAUAUCCAGUAUCUUCAAAGAAGAUUAUUUUCUGCUAUAUCUUCAGAAACUGGAGGGGAAGAGUGAGGGAAAAGAUGGUCCUAGCAGGCACUUCUUACCACAGCCCAGAUCCAAAGGAAAAGUCUAGUGUGUUUUCCACAUUGGCCCCUCCUGCCGCCACCUUUGAAAUCAGCGAAGGACUCAUGCCAUGCAGGAGGGGUCCUGCUUUGUCCCAUCUUCUACCCAUGGGUUUAGUGUUGAUGAAUGGAUACCCAAGCCUGAAUGCCACGCCCAGAGGUGUGCUUGAACCUGGGAGUUCCUAAGGUCUUGUUUUGGAAAAAACUUGAAAUACAUUUAGAAGAGCACAAAAA